UCAGACUGUGGAACGGACGGUAGUUUGCUGCGUACGGUUGCGUUGGGAAUGGUUUUUCUUCGUUUUCAGUUUCUCUCGGUCGUCGUCGUCGUCGCGGGUCCGAAAAAACGCAUUUUUUGUCCGAUUUUUCUUUUGUUCCGACGGGGUGGCUACGGUCUUCCAUUGCAGUGACCACACAGAGAGGAUUGGAACGAAAUUGGUACGAGCCGUGGAAUUUCUACAGAGAAGAAAAGUUGGUGAAAAGGUGUUUUUGGAUUCGAAGAAGAUCGCAGCAGCGCUGGGUGUUGGGAAGAAUCCGCGAAGAACGCUGCUCCGGGAGUUGUGUGGUUGUGUGCGGUUGGAAGAACAAGCAGAAGCGAGGUGAUUCUUUUCAUCCGCGAGUAUCGCAGGGUGAUUUUUUGGAUGUGUUGUGUGUCGAGUUUGGCUGUCAAAAAAAGAAGGAAAGUGGUGUUGGUGGUGGAGAAACAUCGCAUCGCGCACACUUUGUGGAUUCUGACUGAGCUCGUCGCCGUCGCUGUCUCUCGCUCGCAGUUUUGACAAGGGAAGGAAAAUUCCGGACGAUUUCUUCCUUUUUCGAAGUAAGGUGUUCGGGGGCGUUUGUUUUGGAGCUUGCUGGAAGCCAGAUUGCAUAAGCGAUAAGAGUGUGCAAAACGCCUUCGGUCCGGAAGAAGAGGAUUUUUUUCGGUAGCACGCCGAGUGUGAACUUCCUGCUGUCGGACGGAAGAGUGAGAAUCGAUAAGAGCCGUCGUUUUCGGUGCUGUGCGGUUGGUGUUGUGUGUGGACAAGGAAGAAUUGAUUAACGGCGACAGUGUGGAAGGCAAAAAAUGAACACAAAAUCUGACACCAAUCGGCAUGUACUAACGAUUCAGGCGAAAAAGAAGCGUCAUAAGGCAGCGAAGAAGAAGGCCAAACAACAGGCGGCCGCAGCGGCAGCAGCAGCUCAACACCAGCAGCAGCAGAGCCAGGUGUCGUCCGAUGAUAAUGAGAUGAAUCCGGUUCCGGCGAAUGACAAUCAAACGCAGCAGUAUUCGAGCUUGACUAGCAGUAAUAAGAAGAACAGCAGCUCGAAUGAGAGCAUCGAUGAUCCGGAUGAGCGGCUGGUGGAUGACGCUGGAGGCUACAGUAGCGAUGAACGGGAAGGCGAGCAGGAGUGCAGGGAGGAUUAUUGCCGGGGUGGAUACCAUCCGGUAAAACUGGGAGAUUUGUUCCUGCAGCGGUACCAUGUCAUCCGAAAGCUUGGGUGGGGUCACUUUUCGACGGUGUGGCUUAGUUGGGAUCUGGAAGAGAAACGAUACGUUGCUCUGAAGAUUGUCAAAUCGGCACAGCAUUUUACCGAUACGGCGAAGGAUGAGAUUCAAAUUUUGAAAUCGAUACGAAAUGCCGAUCCGGCGGAUCCGAAACGGAAUAAAACGGUCCAACUGUUGAACGAUUUCCGAAUAACCGGCGUAAACGGAACCCACAUUUGCAUGGUGUUCGAAGUGCUGGGCCACAACCUGCUGAAGCUGAUCCUGAAGAGUAACUACCGAGGGAUUCCGCUGUCUAAUGUGAAAUCCAUCAUCCGACAGGUGCUGGAAGGGUUAGACUACCUGCACUCGAAAUGCAAGGUGAUCCACACCGAUAUCAAACCGGAGAAUGUGCUGCUCUGUGUGGACGAGAGCUACAUCCGGAAGUUGGCAUGCGAAGCGACGGAACUGCAUACGAUGGGUUGCCGUCUGCCGUAUUCUCUGAUUUCAGCUGCCCCGCCACAAUUCCAGGAGCAGCCCAUUAGCCAAAACAUGAGCAAAACCAAGAAAAAGAAGCUCAAGAAGAAGGCCAAAAUGCAAACGGAACUCAUCCGGCAGCAGAUGGAGCACAUUCAGAAGCUUGAAUUCGGAAGCCUUGAAAACGGCGACUUAGAUGCCAGUUCCAAGAAAAUGGACCAAGAAGACACGCUGGAUUGUGAAUCUCCGAUAGCCUCACCGGAAAGCCCUCGACUUCUGAAUGGAGACCGGUCCGGCUCCGUUUCGUCCGGCGACGAAGACGAACCAACCCCGAAGCCAGCCGCCGGGAAAGCGUCCAACACUUCCGCCACCUGCAGCAGUCCGGAUCAGUCCGCUUCCAACAACAAUGACGACUCGUCCAUCACUGAGAAAGCUUCCUCAUCUCCCCUCCCAACCGCUUCAUCCUCGGCCGAUGCGGCCGCCUCCGACAGCGCCAACAAGCUGGACAUUAGCGCCUCGAUGCGCCGGAUCCUGUCCCGGGUGAAAGAACGCAAGGACCCCGCUUUCGAGAUAUGCGACGUCGAGGUUAAAAUCGCCGAUCUGGGCAAUGCCUGUUGGGUGGACAAGCAUUUCACCGAGGACAUCCAAACGCGGCAGUACCGCUCGCUCGAAGUCAUCAUCGGAUCCGGCUACAAUACCUCCGCGGACAUCUGGAGCACGGCUUGCAUGGCAUUCGAAAUGGCCACCGGAGACUAUCUGUUCGAGCCACAUUCCGGCGACAACUACUGCCGGGACGACGACCAUAUUGCCCACAUCAUCGAACUGCUCGGACCCAUCCCCAAACGGAUCGCCCUGUCCGGGCGGAUGUCCACCCAUGCGUUCAACUCCAAGGGCGAACUGCGCAACAUCACCGGCCUCAAACCGUGGGGACUCGUCGAAGUGCUGCGGGAAAAGUAUGAAUGGAGCCUGGAGGAUGCGAUCGAGUUCAGCGACUUCCUGACGCCGAUGUUGGAUUACGAUCCGAAGAAUCGGGCGACCGCGGCCGAGUGUUUGGCGCAUUCGUGGUUAAAGCACUAGAGAAGAAUGAAUCGCGGGGUGGUUUUGUGUGUUUGCGAGAAGAAAAUUGUAAAGAAUGAGUGGCACGAAGAAGUACGGAAAAAUUGGUGAUACCGAGUGGCACGAGAAGGGAAGCGCAAGAGAGAGAGGGAGCCAUAAAUGAUAUUGCACAGUGUUUGUUGUGGGGGAGAGGAGGUGAUGAAGAAAGAAGAAUGACAAAAGAGGUUGAAUGGCGGAGACGUAGGCGAACGGAAAACCGGGCGGCUGAGGAUAACAAGAUACAACUAGGAAAAUUCACAACACUGCAUCUGCGGGAGAAAGACCACGACACGAAUGCCACUCUAUGCUUCUGCGGCAAGCUGAGGUACUCGCUGAAAAUGGAAUCCUGCCGCAGGAAUUAAAAUCACCACUGGACACAAAGAAAAAAUCAACAGCAUCAAGAGAGAAGAGGAAUUUAAGAGAAGUUAGUAACAAAAUUGUUUCAACCCUAGACACAGGCUAAAGAGAAAAUAAAUCUUAACCGGUAAAGCAUAUGAAACACACCUACACUGAGACAUUAUGAAAUGAGAUAAUAAAAGGAAUAAUCACCAAAAACCGAAUAAACGUGGACAUUUUG